UGUCAAAUAGGAUGUCGAUGCAUUAGUCUUCUGUUCGCUUCCGUGGCGGUCGUAUGUGGUUCCUGUAACUACACAUAUUUUUUGAUCGUGGGGACUGCGUAUGUACACGUUGUCCCUGUUUUUCUUUUAUCCUCAUAAUCGUUGACUGGCGUAGGGGAUAGAAUGUAACAGCUCUGCCCAGAGCCAUUUAUUGAACCAGUUAUUUGUUAUAUCUUGAGGACAUAAAGAAUGCUGUAAUGAAUCUCUUGGAAUAGUCAUAGAUUCCAAAUACUUUAUUCACGUAGAUACGCAGAUUACAUGGGGUCUAGGGGUUGGCAUCAGCCUGGGGUUUUCCAGCGCACAGUCAUUUAUUGAAUGAAUGAAUGAAUGAUGUCGAUGCAUUACUGGUUAAAUGACAAAAAUAUUAUUGAGGUUAAUUUUUGAUAUACUUAUUUUACGAGGAAUAUGUCGUUGAAGCACAAGAACGAGUACCGCAACUCUAUUGAAAACUAUUUGCCUAUAAAACCUGUGAGACGCAAGAUUGGUCUCUACUGGAUUCUGGCUGUACUAAGAAUAGCUCUUACUCUUGUUCCACAGACUGGUUACAUUCAUCCUGAUGAAUUCUUUCAGUCCAUCGAAGUUAUUUCUGGAGAUCACUUUGAUAUUGACAUCAACAGGCCUUGGGAAUUCAAUUCCACAUUUCCAAUUCGUACUGCAUUUGUUCCAAAGCUCAUCGUUGGUCUGCCCUAUACAUUCCUUAAGAUAUUAUCUCCUUAUGUAUUUUAUUACUUCAAUUUGUCAUUACGGACCCCAUACUUCUAUGUACUCUUCCCACGACUUUUCAUGUGUAUGCUCUCCUUUUUGUCAGAUUAUUUUCUGUACAAAAUAUGCUGCAUUUAUGGACAAAACUAUAGAGUAAGACUCGUCACUUAUGCCAGUUCCUACAUCAUGAUUACUUAUGCAACUCGUACUCUUUCCAAUGCUAUUGAACUUGUACUAACCGCUGCUCUGCUGUACUUCACUUCCCAGUGCAUGGCUGUCUCAGAAAAGGUGGUGUUUCAGAGUGAUUUUCUUGCUAAAAAGCACAGUGAAGCAAAACCUGGGGUGGAGCGAGUCAAAUAUCAUAAAUUUAAGGCUUUGUUGCCUUCACAUUCAUUGAACCAUUGCUUCAUACUGGCCACAAUAACAAUAGUAGGGAUAUUCAAUAGACCUACCUUCAUUGCAUUUGCUUUCGCGCCCGUCUUCUUUUGGCUGCAAAGAGGUUUAGGUUCUAGGACUGUUGGCUUCAUAGACUUUCAUAUCAGGAUAUUCUAUUUCAUUUUCUGUGGAUUGCCGGCUGCAUUAUUCUUCAUUAUAGUUGAUAGCUUCUACUUCGGAUACCUGACAGUGCAGGAGAUAGGUAAAAUGGAAAUUGGAAUGAAUAAUUUUGUAGUAACACCGUUGAAUUUCCUGAGAUACAAUAUGAACACAAAGAAUCUUGCAACACAUGGAUUGCACCCCCAGUUCUUACAUGUCUUGGUGAACAUCCCACUAUUGUUCAGUGUCCUAGGAAUUGUUGCACUGUGGAAAUUUGCGAAAAUGGUGAACAGCGUACGGAAGGCACAGUGGCUGCAACUGCCACGUCUGCAGAGCAUUGUGGGCCUAAUGACGUGCACAUUUAUCGUUCCGAUCGUCUUAUUGUCCCUCUUUCCUCAUCAGGAACCUCGUUUCAUAAUUCCGGUGCUUUUUCCGCUAGUAUUUCUUUACGCACCCGAACUAAGUCAAGUUCCUAGUCUGGAUAUUGUUCCAAGAUUUGUCAUCGAUAAGAAUGAUAAUAGCAGUAAGUCCUGCGGUUCUACUUCAUCAAAGAGACAGGAAAGCAAACCUAGGAAAUUAGUGUUCUGGUAUGUCAGUAAUCUCCUGCUGGCGCUUUUUUAUGCUUUCGCACAUCAAGGCGGUAUCUUCCAGCUGACGUCUCACGUCGCGACCGAGUUGAAGGCUAAACCACAUCUUACGCAUCUACAUCUAUAUACGUCAUAUAGUUACCCGUUGCCCACGUCGUUAUUGCAGUUACGCAACACUAACCGCAUCAAUUUUAGCAGUGGCAACAAUCAUAAAUACAAGCUCGUGCAAGUCUUUUAUCUGUACGAGCAAGGCUCUAAGCCAUUAUCACGAGUAUUGGAUGACAUCGUCUGGAGAAUCCGGGACUGCGAGAACAAAUUUAUUUUCAAAAAAAUCCCUUAUAGGAUGUAUUAUGCGUUACCGGCUUCUGCGUUAGCAGAGUUUACGGAACUGUUGCGCGGUAGAUCUCAUCUAUUCGACUUUCGCGUAGUCAAGACUUUUUAUCCUCACAUUUCUACAGAGAGAUUGCCGUCGUUGCCUUCGUUCGAAAGAUUGGAGAAUUUGUUAAGUUUGCAACUCGAUAGAGUUUCUAGCAAUUGUAUCGAAGUUGCGAAGAAUAUUUACGACUACGCUGGACAAUUUAAAUUAUUGUUGUUGAAGAUUGAACUCCCUACCAUAAACCAAAAUAGACAUGUGCCGAGCAAAACCGAGCAGGAGAAAAAAUAGAUAAUUGAAUAUAUUUCCCAAUAUUUUAUUUAUUUUAUAAGGUAAUGAUAAAAUAACUUUAAUGAAAAACUAGUCAGUGCAAAAAGAAAGAGCUUGAAGUGAUUUAUUUAUUGGCUUAUUAAAAGAUUUACAGAAAAUAUAAUAGAGGAAAUAUGCAAUUUAAUUUGAAAAGAGAGAAGCACUGUUAUAAUAUUUAUAUAUAUAU